AGAUCCCUGUUGCUGUGUUGCUGUUCAGAAUACCAUGAACAAGAUGAAAACUUUUAAGCGCCGUUUUUCCCUUUCGGUUCCCCGGACGGAGACCAUUGAGGAGUCUCUGGCAGAAUUCACGGACCAGUUCAACCAGCUCAACAACAGGAAGAAUGAAGAUAUAGCACAAGGACAUCUACACCUGGGGCACCUGUCACAACCCAAUUCCACUUCGCCUUCAGAAGGCCGGUCCCCAACCACUGUGAAAUACCGAAAUGGCAAUCAGCGACGCUUUUCCAUGGAGGAUGUCAGUAAGCGACUCUCUCUGCCCAUGGAUAUUCGUCUGCCUCCAGAGUUCCUGCAGAAACUGGAGAUGGAAAGUCCAGAAAUUUCAAAACCGCUUAGCAGGAUGUCUCGUCGGGCUUCUCUUUCUGACAUUGGGUUUGGGAAGAUGGAGACCUAUGAUAAAAUGGACAAGCUAGGGGAGGGCACCUAUGCUACUGUCUUUAAAGGGCGUAGCAAGCUCACCAAGAACCUGGUUGCCCUAAAGGAGAUCCGGCUGGAACAUGAAGAAGGGGCCCCUUGCACAGCUAUACGGGAGGUUUCCUUACUGAAGAAUCUCAAGCAUGCAAACAUUGUGACUCUUCAUGAUAUCAUCCACACGAAAUGUUCCCUCACUCUUGUCUUUGAGUAUCUGGACAGUGACUUGAAGCAGUAUCUGGAUAACUGUGGAAAUCUGAUGAGCAUGUACAAUGUAAAGAUCUUUAUGUUUCAGCUGCUGCGUGGUCUUUCUUACUGCCACCGACAUAAGAUCCUGCAUAGAGAUCUCAAGCCACAAAAUCUGCUUAUUAAUGGGAAAGGGGAACUGAAACUUGCUGAUUUUGGUCUAGCCAGAGCCAAGUCUGUCCCAACAAAAACUUACUCCAAUGAAGUGGUCACUUUGUGGUACCGACCUCCUGAUGUCCUACUAGGAUCCACAGAAUACUCUACUCCCAUUGACAUGUGGGGUGUGGGUUGCAUACACUAUGAAAUGGUCACAGGGCGUCCCAUGUUCCCAGGGUCAACUGUGAAAGAGGAGCUGCAUUUAAUAUUCAGGCUACUGGGAAGCCCUACAGAAGAAUCCUGGCCUGGCAUUUCAUCCAAUGAGGAGUUCAAGGCUUACAACUUCACACAUUAUCGAACCCAGCCCUUGAUAACUCACGCUCCGAGACUGGACAUGGAAGGAAUUGAUCUGCUGUUGAGUCUGCUCUCGUAUGAUGCCAGAAGUCGCAUUUCUGCUGAAUCGGCCCUGCGACACCCUUACUUUAUGACCCUGGGUGAACGAGUGCAUCUCCUUCCUGAGACUGCCUCCAUCUUUUCUCUGAAGGAAAUACAGCUACAAAAGGAUCCUGGCUACAGAGGAUCAGGUUUUCAGCACUCAGCUCGAGGGAAGAACAGGAGGCAAAGCAUAUUUUAA